AUGGCUUUUUCCAUCGUUGGGGAGGAGAAUCUCUCUCUGUUGCCACUAAAUGCUCCAUUUGGACAUGUUCCUAAUGAGCUUGAAUUAACACCUCGCUGGGAACGCGUGGAAGGGUUAGAAGGUUAUAAUGAAGAUUUUGAUCCGCCAUUAGAAAACAAGCUUAAGUGUUCCAUUUGUCGUAAAGGGCUUCGAGAACCAGUGCAGACGGAGUGUGGUCACAGAUUCUGUAGGAAAUGUCUUGAAGGCUUUAUGAGAGGUAGUGCUGGUGCUUCACAUUGCCCGGAGGAUGGAGAACUGCUUUCACAGUCAAAGAUCUAUUCAGACAAUUUUGCAAAGCGGGAAAUAUUGAAAUUGGAAGUUUUCUGUAAAGCGAGAGGUUCUGGAUGUCCUUGGAAAGGUUCUCUUUCACUGUUAGAGGAUCAUUCCAAAAUAUGCCUCCAUAUUUGUGUUGAAUGUGAGAAUAACUGUGGGGUGCAGCUAAAAAGGAAAAAUCUCCACCAUCACAUGGAAAGUGAAUGUGUGCUCAGAAAGUCUCUCUGUGAGCACUGUGGCAGUGCAGUUUCAUGGUGUGAAUUGGAGAAACACUUUGGAAGCUGCCCUAAGUAUCCUCAGCAAUGCGAUAAAUGUAAACAAGAAGGCAUAGAGAGAGACAAGAUGAAGUUACACUUACAACACCAUUGUCCAAAUGUAAAGACAGACUGCCCCUUCAAAGAUGGUGGAUGUGAAUUUGAGGGCUUUCGAUCUGGUGCAGGGAAACACCUUGUGGAACAACAUCUGAGUCAAAUCACCGAUUUGAUGAAAAUUUUUCUCAUAUAUCAUGAGGAGGUCAUGCAGACAAAUGCUGUAAAGGGGACAGAGGUAAAAUUGGAGGAUGAAAAUAAGUUUCCUUCUGAAAAACAGGCAAUUUGGACCCAAUGGCUGGAAAGUGAAGCUGGUGACCUUCAGAAAACCCUUCAUAAGCAGCGCAAGGAAAUUGACUGUUUAAUCCUUCAGCAGAAGGAAACAGUUGACAGGGUAGAUGAACUGGAAGUUGAGGUGAAGUUGCUACGUCAAGAACCGCAACUUUGUGAUGGAAAGUAUGUCUGGAAGAUAGAAAACAUUGACAGGUGUUGCCAAGAUGCCAUCAGUGGUGUAAGCCCAGUCAUGUACAGUCCAGGUUUUUAUGCCGGUCCACGUGGGUACAAAUUGUGCUUGAGGAUUAAUUUAAAUGGUGUGAAGAGUGGAGUUGGUACACAUGUGGCUCUUUAUGUUCAUAUGAUGAGAGGUGAUUAUGACAACCACUUGGAAUGGCCAUUUUCAAAAGGUUUCUCCUUAUCUAUUGUGGAUCAGUCAGAUGACGAGUCUCUCCAGUACCACAUUACAGAAACUGUGAUAACCAAACCUGAACUGAGUGCCUUUCAAAGACCAGUACCUCCACACAGUGUAAUAAGUUCUGAGUAUUCUGGUUACGAACAUUUUGCACCAAUUGAUGAGGUCCACAAGCUACAGUAUUGUAAGAAUGAUACUUUGUUAGUGAAAUUUGAGCUCACUGAUUAAUCCAGUGCUGUUGAGCAGCUUGCAGCUCUCAUUGCACACUCUAUCUUAUCUCAAGACUAAAAAGAACUGAACUGACUGUUUUUCUUCACAGCAUACCGGAUAUAUAUUUAUUUAAAAAAUUACAUUUAUUUGAUACAUUUUAAUUAUAUACAGCAGUCAGACCAGAGAAUUUGUUUCUCUUUGGUGUUUUUUAUCAGGAACAAAAGGACACAAACUCUCCUUUGCACCAACUUUUUUAACUGUAGGUCUCUAAGAGUUAGUGAGUUUAUUGAGAGUGUUCUGGCUUUUCAGCUCUAUAAAUAUAGCAAGUGUUAAACUUAUAUUAAGUAUAUUCAGAAACUGAAAAGAUCUGUUUUUAUAAAUAAUUAACUUAAGGUGAAAAGAGCUGCCAUUAAAUAGUAGAUUAUUAAUUAACUGUGGAUUUUAUCAGACUUAGGUAAAACUUAAGCUGGCUUAUCCAAUAGUUAGUAUACACACUGAAGGCUCAAAAAUUAAGAAAUAGCUGUGACUGUAUAUAUUUGUUUUAAAGAACUGAUAAAUGUGGGUGAAACUGGGGAGCAUGCAGCUUGAAGGGUUCUUAGAACACUUUAUAGAGAAGAUGUACAGCUAUGCAAGUACACAUUAAAAUGGUGAAGUACAUAUUUAAAUGGCGAUGUGUUUUAACAGAAGAUUCUUUAUUAAUCUGGUUACACAAUAUACCCACACUGGUAUUUUAUGUUCAGGUCAUUCAAAUGUCUCACAGGUGACCUGCUGAACUCUGCUGUAGAGUGAGUCUUCUCAUGAAGGGCGUAACUUAGUUCUUGGUCGACUGUAACUAUGGCCACCUGAGCCUCUAAAUCUUGAUACACCGAACCAUGUCCAAAAUUUGGAGAACCAAUUGGUUAAGCUGGGCACAGGCUCAUUUGGAGGGUAGUGCCAAAGUCCUUUCAUGUGAAAUGUCCACUUAUGACGUACAUGCUCUAACACUGAGAUGUUAUCAGUUGUGUUCCAGGAUUUGCUUGUAAAAAUCAUGAGCUAAUAGGGUGUAAGCGUGAGGAAUACCACCUGAUAGAAAAGUAAGUUGUCAGUUAGUAUGUUGACUGCUUGCAAUUUUAUGGCAGAAGAUUACAGAAAAUUUUGAAAUUGCUGAGAACCUUGUGAACAAUUUUUUCCUGUUUGGGCAUUUUUUUUUUAAAGUAUACCAAACCACCAUGAUUGACCAAGAUCUUAAUACCUAUUUGAACCAGUCAGGCCUGAAACUUGAAAGGAUUAAUUCACCUAUUUUUUCCAUUUUGUCUAUCUUAGUUUACCAUAACUCUGUAAGUCAACAAGCAUACUCAAAAUCUAGAGCUAAAGUUAACUC